CUCCACACCACCCUCGCCCAAACCACUCUAGAACGCGACCAGGAUGUCUCUUUCCGAUUCAGAUCUCUCGUCGCUGUCGUCGGCACCCCCUUCGGAUGAAGAAACGGGGUCCAUGGCUGUCGACGAGCCCGUGGGCAUCAACAAGUACUUUAAGAAGGAAACCGAAUCUCCGCCGCCGAAACGGGCGCCUUCACCACCCCACGAAUAUGUUCUGGCCGAUAACCCAGAUAUCGCAUUCAUCGUGAUGUUCCGCGCGCGUUUCACCGAUGUGUUCCCCCGAUCGACACCACAUUUUGGUCCGCAGGAUGUCGAGAGAGGCGUGGCGGAUCCUACACCCGGAGAUCAUAUCGAACGAUUGCUGUGUGCGUUUCUGGGCUUGGUGCUGAAUCGGAAGAAGGACGUGGAUCGAAGUCACUACACUCGCCCGCUGGAGGAGGCAAUCCAUACCCAUGUGUCUCAAUGGCCGAAGGCUUGGCAAGGGAAAAACCCCCUCCACGGAGGUCGCAGCUUUGCAACCAUGUCGCCAGAUGAACGCAUUCAACUAUUGAAGACGUUGAUCCUCUGGUCCCUCUCCUCGUCCGAAGCCGUCCAAGCCAAGAUCAAGGAGUCCUACAAGCAAGCACGCCAUGAAGACGACCUGAACCAGCCGCUUUCCGUGCAACCGUGGGGUCGCGAUGGGUUGAAGCGCAGAUACUGGCUCAUUGAGGGUCUGGACGAUACCCACUUCCGGCUGUAUCGCGAGAGUAACCCGGCCUUGAAGCAUGUCACCUGGUGGAGCAUAGCGGGCAGCAUCCCCGAACUGGAGACCAUCGCGGCCAAGCUCGAAGAGGAGAGGAGCACGAACUCGAAGAAACUCAGCGAGAAGAUCAAGAAUGCCAUUCCUCGUUUCGAAGGCGCGGAGGAGAAACGCAAGCGUCGCGAUUACCGCCUCGCCCGCAAAGCCGCAUUCUCGCGACCGGAGCCGGGCUUCUCCUUAUACGAGGGCCGCACUCGCGGAAAGAAGUUGAAAUACACCUACUCCGAUGACGAAGACAUCUUCUCCGACGGCCUGCCUUCGACGCGCCGAUCCACCCGUAACACCUCGGGUGUUUCCACCCCUGCAGAGCCCUCCGGUCCCCGGUACACGGCAAGCGGGCGGCAGGUCCGUCCGCGCGGAGGCGGUUUAUACGGCGCGUCGGCGCUCACCGGCCAGCGCGAAGACGAAGCCGGCGAAGAGGAUGCCGGGAGAGGCCAGCGGACGCGAGCCACGCGAGCCAACGGCUACAACGACUACAAUGCCGACGAAGACAUGGACGACGACGCCGAAGAGGGCCAGUCGAGCGAAAACGAGUGGCAGGGCGGCGGGGACGACGACGAGGAGAAUGAGUUCGAGGGCGACGACGAAGGCGAACUCAGCACAGACGACGCGAUGGUCAUCGGAGAUAAAAACCAAAGCCUGGUCGUGCAACUCCGGUACGGCAAGGGUAAAAUGCGCAGCAGUCCGGCACCGGAGUCGUCAGAGGACAGACCUGAAAGUAAACCAGAGGCGCCAGGCCAGCCAGAGCCUUCUCAGUCUGCCCAGCCACCACCGCAACCGCAACCCGCAGCCAACGGUCUACCCUCACGGCCUCAGAAUCCCCCUGCUGCCCCACCAGUCGAGACGCCGCCUCAGCCUCAACCUGGCACCGCGACAGCAGCACCAGUCGCCCAACCCGACGAGACGGCCUAGCCUAGCAUUCCCGGUGCUCUAGUUUUUAUAGAACCACGAACGAGCGCCGAGAAUUCAACCGUCUUACCUUCCCAACCCUGAUAUUUCCGAUAGAGAUUUGUUUUUGCUGGAGCGUUGGUGUCUUAUUUAGUUCUAUUUGUAUACGAGGGCAAAAACACGGCAUUUGAUUAUGGAUUUCAUUGUUUCCGUGGGCGUUUCUUUCUUUCUCUUUUCUGUUUGUGUGUGUGAUGCGCGCGUGUAUGUAUGGUAUGGUUAGGGGGUAAUUUGCCAGGAGGUUUGGAGGAUUCAAUGUAUACGUGUGUUGCAUUUGGUGUGAGUUACUUUAGGUAGGCU